AUGACUGAAUAUGAACCAGAAACCCCGAUCCAAGCUGCUACUCCUCAAUGUAAUGAUCCUCUUGCUUCUGACUCUGCAGUUAUUGAUUCUACUCCGUUCUACACUCGUCUUCUCCUUCUUCAUAUUUCUGCAAUUUCGGAUCUUUGUAUAUUCCGUGAGAGACUGGUUGCAGAAGAUGGCGUGGCAAUGAUGGAGGUGGUUAAUGAUGUAAUAUGCACUUCCAUCAGUUGGAGUGUACCCAACAGGGAACCCGGUCCACUGGAUUUUAACCCCAUUUUGGCUAGUAUACCUCAUAACUGGUAA